CUUUUACUGUUGCGUCCCCUUUGAACUGCAUAGGCACGUUGGCAUGACUCCUACGUGGCAUAUUAUUCCCCAUUGCGCUUGAUUCGGGCCCCAUGACUCGAGCGCGGACGGCUUUGUGCCUCCACUGUUUUCAGCAUGAGCGAUAGAGAUGUUCAUCAGUCAGUCGACCCAACAGAUUGCACGACGCGAUACUGAUGGCCCAGAGAUGAUUCAAAGAAGGUAAAACGUGCGUGUACCGAGUGUAGACAACAAAAGGCGAGAUGUGAUGCUCAUCUGAACCAUGACCGUCCUUGUUCGAGAUGCCAGAGAAUGGGUCACGAAUGCAAGAUAUCUGAACCGUUCAAGCGGGAGCAUAAGCGAAAGAGAGCAUCUGAAUUUGAGCAACGUGCACGUCUGCUCCAAGAACGCCUUUCCGCUUCCUAUCGGCCAAACUUCGAGCCUUUAGCGGGAAGAGCAUGGCCUUCGGUGAAUUCAGUCGAGAGUGCUCGAGACUCGAGAAGCGCAGAGCGCUGUGGGCAGAGCGGAGUUUUACCCUCGUCCUCUUUUCAAUCUACGUCAGCCACGGUUGAUGAGUCCCAUGUUCAACAAGAUGUGGUAUCAGAUGAUCGGUGGGAGCCAACAGUCGCAAGAACUAUCAACGGCCAAUCCGUGGACCCGGCUGAUAUUGACCAACUUUUCGACCAUUUUAGAACAGCCUAUGCACCGCAACUACCUUUUCUUGACCCCCUCAAGUCUCCCAAUGCCCAGUAUGCCUCAUCGCCCUUCCUUUUCUGGGCAAUCAUUGGCGUGGGAUGUCGAACGUAUGCCAGGAAUCCAACUUUGCUUGCGGUGCUAGCACCUGCUGUUCUAGCCGCCGCGUUGUCGACAUUGAACUCGCCAGUCACCCUGCAAACGAUUCAAGGCUUAUUGACUCUGCUCCACUGGCCGUUUCCAAAGACUAGUGCCACCUCUGACCUCCUCUAUCCCCUCACUGGAGCGCUUAUCAACAUGGCCAUGCAAAUCGGGCUUCAUCUACCCAUCUCUGCACAAGAAUUUAGCAAAGUACGUCUAUGUCUUGAUACGGCAGAGAUUGAAAGACGCGCUCGGACCUGGGGCUUCUGUCAGCUCAUACAUUUGCGUAGUGGCGUUCCGAAGGGCAGUCCAGCGCCAGCAGUCUUCGAUAUUCCUUAUGACCUGGACGAACGUCGAAUAAUGUUUGACAAUUUAUCGGCGGAACAGAAGUUUGAACUAAAGCUGCAGGACAUUGUCAAUCGAUGUUGCAUCGCUGCGUCGCAGAAUGGCCUCCGUGUCAUGACUAGCGACCGGGAGCGCUCUCUCGAUACCUUGUUGGCUAUGUUUUCUGCGCAAGUUGCAAGCAUUGGGCUGGACGCCUCUUCUGAUCUUGAUCGCUUCUACGUCCAGCUUGCCCACUUGUGUGUCCAAUCUCUCCAUCUCUACAAGUCGCCUGGUUCACAGGACCCAACGAUCUUGUUUGACCUUUCGAAUACCUGCUGUCAGGUUUUGGAGUUCUCCGAGUUGAUUGACAAGGCUAGCCACAAUGGCGUCGCCACUUCGAGCAUGUGGAUAUAUAUUAAUGUGAUGCUGGCCUGCCAUGUGUUGUUGAGGCUGUUAAAAUCCUCGCUCUCCUGCUCCAUUGACACGGCACGAGCACAGGCGGCAUUCUUCUCUGGAGUGGGCCUCCACAAGCGAAUGUCGCUCCAAAACGACGAUCUAUCGGCCAGAAACGGCGUUGCCCUUACUCAAAUAUGGAACAGCACGCGGGCUUUCAGGUCGCCAAAUGGAUCAGAAGCUGUGGCGUUAAGAGUGCGUAGUCGCUUGAUCGGUGGCAUUAUACUGGAUGGGAUCGUCUGGUGGAGAGAAGAGUUUGGAGAAGCAAGCGGGAUAUAUGCUCCGCCAUUGCUGGAUCGUGAUGGUUUUACCUGCCCGUCGACCUUUCUCGUCAGAGUUCAAGCUAACAAGAGACAGAUGUGCGCACCAACGACCCUGCACAUGGUGGCCCGUCUAGCGAAGCCUUCAGAAACAGCACAAGCAUCCAUGCGUCUUCGGAACUAUUCAAUGAUCCCAUGUCGAACGAAUUUGGUUGGCCUGUUGACUACGAUAUCUUCUCCGCGCUUUGGGACGACGGGAGUCUGGUUCCGAACUAAAGCGCAGUCGGUGCACCAGGCAGAAGCACACAGCCCCCUGGCAUGACAUCGAUGUCACUGUCCGGAUUCUCGGACAUGGUUGCAGGAGGAUGGUGUAUAUGGCCGCGGGAAAUUGAGGCUAAGGCCAGUGUUUCUGGAGCAGUGACGCCCUUUCUUCGUCACUUGAUACAUAUUCCAUGUCGGUUAUCAGGUCAACACAGCGGAAGUCCGUCCAGACGAGAAGGGAGCAUGAGGUGGAAGUUCUUGAAGCGCUACCAGUUGCAAUGCGCCCGUAGAAUAAAUGGCGUUGCUACGCCGAGAUGCCAAUAAACAAGUGGGAGAACGGACAAGGGACCUGCCCAGCCACGCCAACUACUGUAUUUUUUGCAUGAUAGUGUCUUUAUGCUGAGUCGAGUCUUGCGCAUACAUGCAACACAGGGGGAGAAUUAUAAUCUAAUGCUAGAGGAGGUUGGCG